ACCCCUCACUUGCCAGUCACCACCAGCACCUGAUGGCACUUGUUAGAGGACGCCGUAACCUCAACCUCCGCCUCCCCUUGCGGGACUCCACCGACUACCGUACUUUUUUCCCCUUCCCACUCCCGCUCACUUCAUACUCCUACGCCACCAUAAACGCCGGCGCUGCCCCCUCCACCCAAGAAGUCGACCGCCUCUCCGACCUCGAGAAACUCAAAGUUCUCGGCCACGGUAACGGCGGCACAGUCUACGAAGUUCGACACAAACACACCUCCGCCAUCUACGCCCUAAAAGUCGUCCGCGCCGAUUGCGACACUACCGUCCGCCGUCAGAUCUUCCGUGAGAUACAGAUCCUCCGCCGUACGGACUCCCCCUACACCGUCCGAUGCCACGGAAUUUUUGAAAAACCGUCCGGCGAUAUUGCGAUCGUCAUGGAAUACAUGGACGCCGGUACACUCGAGACUCUCCUCAAAUCCCAUGGAACCCUCUCCGAACCAUCACUCUCCACCAUUGCUCGACAAGUCCUCAACGGUCUUCACUACUUACACUCUCAGAAAAUCGUCCACAGAGACAUCAAACCCGCGAAUCUGCUUGUGAAUCAGAAGAUGGAAGUCAAAAUUGCAGACUUCGGGGUCAGCAGAAUCAUGUGCCGGAUGCUCGAACCCUGUGAUUCUUAUGUGGGUACCUGUGCUUACAUGAGCCCUGAGAGGUUCAAUCCAGACAGCUAUGGUUCUAAUUACGACGGUUAUGCCGCCGAUAUCUGGAGUUUGGGGCUGACGCUAAUGGAGCUUUACCUAGGUCACUUCCCCUUCUUGCGUCCUGAGCAAAGACCCGAUUGGGCUACGCUAAUGUGUGCUAUAUGUUUCGGAGAACCACCAAGUUUGCCGGAAAAUGCUUCAGACGAGUUUCGGAGCUUCAUCAAUUGUUGUCUGCAGAAGGAUUCGACUAAGAGAUGGACCGUUUCGCAACUUUUAUCACACCCCUUUGUUGCUAAAGAUCAGGAAUUUGAAAAUUAAUCAGAAAUUAAAUCCUCCUAAUCGUCGCCGAUUUUGGGAAUCUCCGGCGACGAUACCUGUACAUAUUAUGCGGGGAUCUUUUCUGGUUUCUGGAUUAGGGUGUACAGUUUCAUUUCCUUUUUCAGAAUAAAAAUUCAAUUUAUUCCAA